ACAAAACCAAGCCUUCUUCCACCGAACUCUUCUCAAUUGAUACAUCUCGUACAACUGCAUACAGCACCGUAUAGCAUCAACACAUUCACAAUGGCUGUCGAAUCAAAGUUUGAUCCCAAGGACAUGGUGUUCCGUCACCUCGGUCCCACUGGUCUCAAGGUCUCCGUCUUCUCCCUCGGAGGCUGGUUGACCUACGGUGGUACUCAGAAGGGUGAUGUCGUCAAGGAGUGCAUCCAGAAGGCCUUCGACCACGGUUGCAACUUUUUCGACACUGCCGAGGUCUACGCCAACGGCCAGUCUGAGAUUGAGAUGGGACGUGCUCUGAACGAGCUCGCUUACCCCAGAGACGAGUACGUUAUUUCGACCAAGAUCUUCUUUGGUACUGGUCGCAAGGAGCCCAACACUCGUGGUCUCUCCAAGAAGCACGUUAUCGAGGGCCUGAAGAGCUCCCUCAAGAGACUGAACCACGAUUACGUUGACAUUGUCCUGGCUCACCGUCCUGACAAUGCUACUCCCAUGAAGGAGAUUGUUGAGGGUUUCACCCAGGCAAUUCGCAACCUGAAUUUGGCUUAUUAUUGGGGAACCUCAGAGUGGUCUGCCACUCAGAUCAUGGAAGCCACUCAGAUCGCCGAGAAGUACAACCUGAUCGCUCCGAUUGCCGAACAGCCUCAAUACAACGCCUUCCACAGACAGCGCUUCGAGGUUGAGUACGCUCCUCUGUACGAUCAAUUCAAGUACGGAACCACCAUCUGGUCACCUCUCGCUUCCGGUCUCUUGACCGGCAAGUACAACGAUGGCAUCCCCGAGGACUCCCGUUUCGCCACCAACAAGGACUUCUUCGAGAACACCGUCAAGCAGCUCCAGAGCCCCGAAGGUCAGGCCAAGAUCGAGAAGGUCAGAAAGCUUACCACCAUUGCUGAGAAGCUCGGUGGCACUGUUACCCAGCUCAGUUUGGCCUGGGCUGCAAAGAACCCCAAUGUCUCGACUGUCAUUCUUGGUGCUACCAAGGUCGAGCAACUGGAAGACAACUUCGGCGCCCUGAAGCUGCUCGAGAAGCUGACUCCCGAGCUCAUGGAGGAGAUUGAGAAGAUCCUCGACAACAAGCCCGCUGGGCCCGCCACUUUCGGCCGCGACAGAUAAACGAAGAGACCUUCUCACGACAUGAUUACGGCCGCAAGACUAGCGAAAGAACUUCGCAGUGCGGAUGUAGUAACUAGAAACAUCGUAUUGCACAGAUUCAGUAAUGACAAUCAAGCCACGAGAUCAUCUUGUAUCCCCAUAGCAGCAACGCAGAGGCGUAGCGGUUAUAUCAGUACCAAGUUUGGUGUACCGUUCAUUGCGAAGCACAUGGUAGUUAGGUGAUGACCGACUCAUUAGAGAAACAGUCACCCACGUGGGAUAAAUUGAAUCGAUCUUCAGAG